AAUGUCAAGCAAAGCAAACAGAUAAACUAAAAACAAAACAAAUAUCUCAAAAUCCACCCACUCUACAGAAAGAAGGAAGAGAUAAUGUGCAAAAGUAGAAUUAACUCUUAAAAUAACUCAGACAGUUGUUUUUAGAGUGAGAAUGGGAAGAAAAUAAACAUAAACAUAAACAUCAUCAUCAUUUUCAUCACUAUCAUGAUAUCAUCACCAUCUUUCUUCUUCUUCUUUCAAUCUCACCUAACACCAACUUCUACAAUUUCCAGAACACAUUUUCCAUUCUUCACUUGUAAGUAGUCUCUCUCAAACACAAGUUAUUUCAGGUACUUAUUUCUUAAUAACAUUCUCAUUGUUGAAUUGCCAAGAAUAAGAAGCUGAAAAUUACACCUGUGAAGAAUUUGAGUUGGUGUUUUGAAAUGGAUUCUUUUAAUGGAACAACUGAGUUCUGUUAUGAUCACAAUUCAGAAACAGAUGGUGAAGGUGAGUUUUCCGCGCUUCUUGAAAUCUAUGUGCAUCAUGCUAGAAACAUACACAACAUAUGUAUUUAUGACAAUCAAGAUGUCUAUGCGAAAUUCUCACUUACUUAUAGUCCAGAUGAAACCCUUUCAACUAAAAUUAUUAACGGUGGUGGCAAAAACCCUGAAUUCAAUGAAAAUCUUAGAAUGAAAAUAACCCAACUGGACGCAGUUCUCAAAUGCGAGAUUUGGAUGCACAGUAGAGCGAGAAACUUCAUGGAAGAUCAACUUUUAGGCUUUGCUCUGGUACCCAUGUCUUCUGUGACAGGGAAGGGAAAGGUGACUCGAGACUUUACCCUUUCAUCUACUGAUCUAUUCCAUUCACCAGCUGGAACAGUUCAGCUGACUCUGUUUCUCCAUACAUUGUUACCCACUAAUCUCGUUUCAAAAUCAUCUGACUGUGCUACUAACUCGUCAAUAACUUCUGAGGUCGUGUUAUUACACCGUAAAAACCCUGAGGUUAACUCAGAGCAAAUUGAAUACGGGAAUAUUGAAUUUCCUGACGUCAACGUGGCAAGGCAGAAUCAACAAAUGGUUUCUGAAUAUUUCGAACGAAAUUUGUCUUUGAGACAUGUUGUACUGGGACCUGCUUCUUUUCUCCAUCUUGGAGCUUUCUCACAGCAUGUGGGUGACUAUGAAAUGACUUUGAAUUCUUCUGAAGAUUGUGGUGAAUAUGUCUCUCCUAAUGGAAGCAUUCAGAAUUCUGGCUUCUUUGGUUCAACCACAACUAGCUUAAGUGAUGAUAGAAACUCGAACGAUUCAAUGGAAAAAAAGAAUCGUUUGGCUGGUGAAUUAUCUAAUUCUCACGUUGCUUCAGUCUCUGCUGAUGCACAUCAGAGUUCUGGGGCAUCUCCCGAAACACCAACUUCAAAGACAGAGAAUGAAGUACAGAGUGACAAAGAUGCUGAUUUCUCAAACAAAGAAGAUGAGAGUUCCAAAGAACGAAGUAUGAGUUCUGUAUUUGCAGCUCCACUUGGGAACAUCAAUCUUGAAGCCGAAGAGACUGCAAUGCAACAACAGAUAGUUGAUAUGUACAUGAGAAGCAUGCACCAGUUUACAGAAUCAUUGGCGAAGAUGAAGCUUCCAAUGGAUCUUGGCAAACCAGAACAUAGCGACAAUGGUGAUGUUGUUCAACAAACCAAUAACAAGACAGAUGCGGAUAAAAAGGAAGGAAAAAAGAAGGAUGGUUCGAGGGUUUUCUAUGGUAGUCGAGCAUUCUUCUGACUAACAUGUUCCUAAUAACUUCUCUUUUAAUACCAGAUUUAUCUGCAACGGUUUAAAUAUUCUUAGUUUAUUUUCCCUUCAUAAGACUAGCAGUGUGUUUUAACAUUUGACAACAAAAAUGCUUAUUCAUGAUGCUACUUCUAACCGCUUUAUGUAGACGAGAGUGUAGAUUACAUCCUUCCAUCAAAGGCUUAAGAGAAUGGAGGGACGCGAGAAGCUUUGUAUCUGGUAGUUAAUAUGUUCUCCGAGCAGAGAGUCUGAUUCACCCUAAAAUAUUUAUCUCUACUCCCGUUGGUAAUGUUAUAAAUGUUGCACUUAUCUUUCAUCUAUCUAUUGUCUACAUACUGGUUUUCUGUGGUC